AUGGUGACCGGCAAAUCCCAGCCUGGUGUCGAGCCUGUCCAGCUCCCCGCGACCUCCCCCGAUCCCGCUGGCGCCGACUCCCCGCCUUCAAAGCGAGACCUAGCAUCAUGGUGGAGACAGUUUAAACGAAACACGAGGAAAGAGGACAUAAAAGCAACAUCCCCAAGCGAUCGCUCGCAUCCUGUGGCAUCCCGCGUCAUCGAGCCCCCGCGAGGUAUUUUUGGAGUACCACUGAAUGAAAGUAUCAAGUACGCCAACGUCGCUAUCUCUCUCACCAAUGAACAAGGCGAGAACUUUAUCUAUGGCUAUGUCCCCAUCGUCGUUGCCAAGUGCGGCGUGUUCCUAAAAGAAAAAGCUACGGAUGUGGAAGGCAUCUUCCGACUCAAUGGUUCUGCGAAGCGAAUCAAGGAUCUCCAAGAGCUGUUCGAUUCGCCCGAGCGAUACGGCAAGGGUCUGGAUUGGGAUGGAUAUACUGUUCACGAUGCUGCCAACGUAUUGCGUCGUUACCUUAAUCAGUUACCUGAACCCAUCGUGCCACUCGAAUUCUACGAGCGAUUCCGCGAGCCCUUGCGGGUAUACCAGAAGCAGGUGCAAGAAGGCACCCAGGGUACUGAGGACGAUCCAGACAAAUUCGAUCACGCAAAGGCUGUCGAGACGUACCAGAACCUGAUCAUCGAACUCCCUCCGCUGAACAAACAACUCCUGCUAUACAUCCUCGAUCUCCUCGCCGUAUUCGCAUCCAAAUCAGAACAGAACCGCAUGACCUCGGGCAACCUUUCUGCCAUUUUCCAGCCUGGUAUGCUGUCGCAUCCAAAUCACGACAUGUCGCCGGAGGAGUAUAAGCUUAGCCAAGAUGUCCUGAUUUUCUUGAUUGAGAAUCAAGACCACUUCUUGGUUGGUAUGAAUGGUACCAAAGCCGACGAGCAAACUAUAAAAGAGGUCCAGGCUGGUGUCCAGCCCAGGAUUGUUACCUCUGGCACACAGCCUACCAGUGGUACCAAAUCGCCCAAUUCUACUAUUCGACGCUCCGCCUCAAGCGCCAGCGCGAAUGCGGAGGGUCACCGCAAACUGGAUACCUUACGCCGUAAUGCUUCCGUCUCAUCUCGCAACUCGCGCAACUCCCGCACCUCGAAUACGGUUCCCAGCCCUGGAACUCCUACAUCUGUUUCCGGAAGUGUUCAUCGAAGUAAUACUCUGCCCUCCAAGAUGGGGCCAGUGCUUACUUCUGCGCGUCACGCACGAGCAGCAGAGAGCGGCUCGGCCAAUCCAUCUACUCUGGCACCGUCUCAUAAUAGCUCGCGCGAAGCCAGUCGAACCCCUUCCCUGCGCGAGGAAGCAGAACCGAAGCCAGAAGUAGAGGCAAAGCCAGAACAGAGAAACAACGGUCAAGCUACGACAUCGUCGGCAGGCUCCGGAUAUGUUCAUACUUCCACACACGGCCCUAUCCCUGUUGGGACCGCCGCUCGUCUCAGCGUUAAUGACUUGCCUCACCCACAUGAGAACCUUGACACGCCUACAUCUCCUCCACUCCCUCAGGUCGUGACGCCCACUCGCGAACGGAAACUCUCCAACUUAUUCGCCAAAUCACCUCCUACGGAUCGUGAUCUGAAGGAGUCACGACAGCCAAAUCGUCUCAAGAAGAAAAGGAUCCCAGGGAGUGCCAGUAUAAGUGCCCAGAGCUCCACGAACUCUCUCCACGGGCCAUACGAGCCUGCUGCCCAUACUCAUUCGCAUACGCAUACGCACAGCACAUUAGAGGCAACUCCAGGACACCAGUCUACAGAGGCCCUUGGGGAAGAUACCCCCAAACCUCCCAAUGUCGCCACUCUCAAUAAUCGGGACAUGGCAUCGGACUCAACGACAGUGUUGGUUGAAGGCGCCGCGCAUCCAAGCAACAAUGAGACCACCUUACGACCACAUCAAUCACGCACACCCUCAAUGAAUUCACGCUCCUCUUUCACUGACACCUCGGAUUUGGAUCAACCCGAUGAUACUGCCCGUUCCGAGCGUGCGAAUCAUCGCCGAAGCUGGCGUUUCCAUCGUUCUGCUAAACGCAGUAGCGAACAGGUCGGACUAGGUCUAGCAUCUCCUCCCCUUGGCGCAACCCAUCCAGAACUUGACCAUAGCACCAGCUCAAUUGCGAGUGGUGGACCUCAUAGCAAUGACCCUACCAGCCAGCCUAUAAGCUUAGAUGCUGGUAUUCAAGGCAGCUCUGUCUCAAGUGCCGAGCCAGAGAGAAGGAGUUUGUUCGGCAAGUUUAAAGCCAAGGUAGCUCAGGUGCGGGAUGGAGUUCGCGAGGAUCGUGAGCGGGUCAAGAGCCCUUCGCAUUCUGACAGUGAGCCAUCCACUAUCAAUCAACCACUUUCUCCGACCGCGAACCAAACCAGUGAGAGGCCCACAAUAGAUGUGCCAAGUGAACCGCCUAAGGAAGAAGGUGUACGUUCACCGGCGUCACCACUGCCAGGUGCAGGCUUACCUCCCUCAAUUCCUGAAGAACCACACAGCCCCGAGAUAAAGUCUGCUGUUCCUGCCAUUCCUGUCCCUGCACCGGAGGCUGGGUCUUUGGUGCCUGCUACUGUCUCCGAGCCACACCAGGAACCAACAGAGAAAGACGUACCCAAAGAUACGUCUACCUAA